GUCUAAAUGGGUCCAGUCAUGCCUCCCAGUAAGAAGCCAGAAGGCUCAGGAAUUAGCGUUCCCAGCGGAUUGAGCCAACGUUACCAAGAUAGUGAUUUAUCAAAGGCACUUCAUGAUGACGAAGACCUAGAUUUCUCUUUGCCUGCCAUCAGAUUAGAUAAAGGGGCCAUGGAAGAUGAAGAACUAACUAAUUUGAACUGGUUACACGAGAGCAAGAACUUGCUGAAAAGCUUUGGGGACUCGGUGUUGAGGAGCGUUAGUCCCGUUCAGGACAUGGGUGAUGACACGCCGCCGUCUCCCGCCCACUCUGACAUGCCCUAUGAUGCCAAGCAGAACCCCAACUGCAAACCUCCUUAUUCCUUUAGCUGCCUCAUAUUUAUGGCCAUUGAGGACUCGCCAACCAAAAGACUGCCCGUAAAGGAUAUAUACAACUGGAUCUUGGAACACUUUCCGUAUUUUGCAAACGCACCCACUGGAUGGAAAAAUUCUGUGAGACAUAAUCUAUCCUUGAAUAAGUGUUUUAAGAAGGUGGACAAAGACAGAAGUCAGAGUAUUGGAAAGGGGUCCUUGUGGUGUAUAGACCCAGAAUAUAGACAAAAUCUUAUUCAGGCUUUGAAAAAGACACCCUAUCACCCAUAUUCGCAUGUGUUCAAUACACCUCCCACAUCUCCUCAGGCAUAUCAAAGCACAUCAGGUCCACCCAUUUGGCCAGGAAGCACCUUUUUCAAGAGAAAUGGAGCCCUUCUACAAGAUCCUGACAUUGAUGCUGCCACUGCCAUGAUGCUUUUGAAUACUCCCCCUGAGAUACAAGCAGGUUUUCCUCCGGGAGUGAUACAAAAUGGAGCUCGAGUUCUGAGUAGAGGAAUAUUUCCUGGAGCCAGGCCGUUGCCAAUCAACCCUAUAGGAAGCAUGGCUGUUGCAGUAAGGAAUGGAAUAACAAACUGCCGGAUGCGGACAGAAAGCGAACAGUCCUGUGGCUCUCCAGUUGUUAGCGGUGACCCAAAGGAGGAUCACAACUACAGCAGUGCCAAAUCUUCCAACCACAGGAGCACAUCACCUGCUAGUGACUCCAUUUCCUCUUCCUCUGCUGAUGACCAGUAUGAAUUUGCAACUAAAGGUAGCCAAGACAGCAGUGAAGGAAGUGAAGUUAGCUUCCAGAGCCACGAGAGCCAUAGUGAAACAGAAGAGGAGGACAAAAAGCAAAAUCAGAAGGAGACCAAGGAUUCUUUAGCUGACAGUGGGUAUGCAUCCCAGCACAAGAAAAGGCAACAUUUAAUGAAGGUGAAAAAAGUACCAAGUGACACACUGCCUCUUAAAAAGAGACGUACAGAAAAGCCCCCUGAGAGUGACGAUGAGGAGAUGAAAGAAGCAGCAGGAUCGCUCCUGCAUUUAGCAGGAAUUCGAUCCUGUUUGAACAACAUCACCAAUCGGACGGCAAAGGGGCAGAAAGAGCAAAAGGAAACCACAAAAAAUUAGAACAAAUCAGUGAUUUGUUUGAACUUACAAAGUUUUGUUUCAGCACGUCAGGUGAAUUCUAAUGAUUUGUGGCAAUAUCAGCAAUUUUUUCCUUUUUUGUUUUUCUUUCUAUUUGUUUUUGGUUUGUUUCUUUCCCUUUUUUUUU